AUGCCCAAGAGCCUGGCUGAGCUGCUGCUCGUCAUGAACAAGGACAGCUUGGGCAACCCGUUGUCUCACAUGCUGGAGGUGCCAAGGAACCAGCUCACCAGCUUCCACUUUGUGCCGAGUGCCCAAUUGGUGACCACAACCAAGACCUCGGAUGAUGCAGGGCCCAGUUUCUUGCCCGUCAACACAAACGGCAUCAUCGAUGCCAGCAUCAGGAGCCCAAACUACAUCAGCUCGGUGGCAGGCCAUCAUGCGGAGGUCAUCAAUGCCACGACCGUGUUUACAUCUGCUGCCCAGCACCAAUAUGGACCACUCAACAUGGUCACCACAAAUGUUUCACAGCAACAACAACAACAGCAACAGCAGCAGCAGCAGCAGCAUGUUCGGGUAGGGAUUUCACAAGGCACAAUUGUGACGUCAUCACAAAUGCAAUCCAUCUCCAUCCCCAUCAGUGCAGUGGACAAUCUCAGCGCCAUGGAUGCGCAGUUCAAGUACAUUGAGGGCAAGCAGCUCGCUACCACUGGCACCAUGCAGGUUGGUGACGGUAUGGAGCGGAUCACAGUCAAGAUUGACCCUAUAGACGUGACGCCGCUGCAGUCAAGAGCAGAGGAGCAGCUGCUGCACCAGCAGCUGGCGCAGCAUGCGGACGCUGCGUACAGAGGGCGUGCGGAGCUCUCCUGCGUCAUCAAAGCCGAG